AUAUAUGAGAUUAAGUUAAUGUCAAUAUCUACAAAAAAAAUUAAAAUAAUAGUAAUUUUCAUAGCUUGAAGGUCACAUGAAAAUAAGGUUUAGCUUAAUGUUAAUAUUGAAAUUAUGCUUGCUAUUAAAGCUCGAGCUAGAUCUCCAAAUUUUAAGCACUUUUUUUUUUGUCCUGAACAAAAUAUCAAGUCGUUCAAAACGAUUUAGUCGUGGCAAGCAAACGACAUGUCGAUUAAGUUAGGGCUUCUAAAUUGGCGGGAAGGUAAAGUAAAUAACGAUAAAAGAGAGAGAAAGCGAAGAACAUUCAAAAAAAAAAAAAAAACAAAAACAAAAUCAAAACAUAAUUAGUGCUUAGCAGUAGUAAUGGCAAACAAGCUGAUAAGCGAAAUUGGACUUCCUAAAUCAAUCAGUAACAUAUUUGCAGCUCGUAACAUCAAAACUGCUAAGGUGCACUUCAUUUACAAUUAUUUCCUUUUAAAUUAUCUGUUUCUAGGAUUGAUUUUAAUUUUAUUUUUUUUGGCAAUUUUCCAUUGUUUGAUUCUAAAGGAUGCAUUAUCUUUAACCGAAUUCGAGUUAAUGGAGCUAUUAGAUGUUGAAUUAUCACAAGUAAAAUCUGCAGUUGCUCACAUUAGUGCAAUCGUUUCACCUCCUUAUCAAACCGCGUUAUUUCUGAUGGAGCAACGGUUGCAAAAUGAGCAAUUUGCGGGGCAUCUCCCAACCCAUCUCAAGGGAUUAGAUGAUGCAUUGUGUGGUGGACUACCGUUUGGUGUCUUAACUGAGGUUGUCGGUCCACCUGGAAUCGGUAAAACACAAUUUUGCUUGAAGAUUUCUUUGUUGGCUUCACUGCCAGCAAGUUGUGGAGGUUUAGAUGGUCGUGUAAUAUAUCUUGAUGUAGAAUCCAAAUUUAGUUCGAGAAGGAUAAUUGAAAUUGGGACAACGAGUUUUCCGGAAAUAUUUCACAUGAAAGGAAUGGCACAGGAGAUGGCUGGUAGGAUUCUUGUUUUGCGGCCAUCAUCACUUUCUGAAUUCACCGAGAGUUUGCAGCAAAUUAAGUUUUUGGUCCUUCAACAACAAGUGAAGCUACUAAUUAUUGAUAGCAUGGCUGCUGUAGUUUCAGGGGAAAAUGAUCAAGGAGCUCCUAGACAACAUUCAUUGGGCUGGCAUAUUUCUUUUAUUAAGUCACUUGCUGAAUUUUCACGAAUUCCUGUCCUGGUGACAAACCAAGUGAGAUCUCAAAGCUAUAAUGAAGUCUGCCAGUAUUCUUUCCAAGUACAAAGAAAUGAUGAGACUCAAGAGGAACCUGAAAAAUAUGAUUCUCAUCUUAUUGCUGCUUUGGGAAUUCACUGGGCUCAUGCUGUGACUGUUCGUCUUGUGCUUGAAGCUAAAUUAGGUCAGAGAUAUAUUAAGGUGGCUAAAUCUCCAAUAUCACCGCCCAUGUCUUUCCCUUUUAACAUAACAGCAUCUGGGAUUGCACUACUUGAUGAUGAUGGAACAGAACUAAGAGGGAAGGAGAUAAACUCAAUUCAAUGUCAAGGCUAUAAUGACAUUUUUCAUAUUGAUGGGGAGACGGUUCAGUGAUCAGUCAGAAUGGAGCCAGAGCCAGAGCUUGGAACAUGAGAUCUAAGGUAAAGACAGCAGCUGAUGGGGUUGGCUUGGCUUCCUAUAUAUCUGAAGGUAAGAGGCCCACUAUCCCUUUUGGAAAUAUAUUGAAGAAAUAUACUUGACAUGGUGUACAGUUCUUUGUGGGGUUUCUCUGAUUAGCCCCACAAAGAUUAUAGGAUCCAAAAUCAGUGGCCUUAAAGCGCCAUUCUAUGGUAUAUGAGAUUAUUUUUCAUAUUUUUCUUGCAUUUCCCCUCAUGCACUGGCAUUUUAUUAUUGUCAUCUUUCUUCUGAUUAUGAUUUUCUACAAGAAUACCUUAGCAUGUCCUGUACCAAGAUUCAAACAAGUUGCUGUAACCGAGGGAAGGAACUAUUUAAAUUGUAAAGAAACAUUUUAAUAUCAAAGAAGGUGAAUAAAUGUUUUUGCUUUUCUUUC